GGAUAACGCUACCUAUUGAACAACAUACAAAGGUGAUACUAGUACUCGUACCUUAGUAGAGCCAUGCCAUGACGGCCCCAUUACUACAUCAUGUAUCAACAGCAGCAGCAUUCAAUAGUCUAUUGGGAAAAAGGCGAAUCCGUGACGCCCUUAUAUUGUUCUAUAUCGUCACUUUUGCAGUCUCCAUGGCACUGAGUUUUCACCUACUCCACCAAAUUCAACAAGAAAAAAGACAAGCUUCACCCAACAGCCACCACAGCAACAAUCUCUUGUUCUCCUCUCACCUGCAACAGCAACGAUACCACCCUGAUUCUUCCAACCAACAAACUCCUGUACAGCAGCAGAAUUCAAUAAUCGAUCCAAUAUGGACUUGUUCCUCCUCCAAUAAUACUAGUAAUACCGGUACUCACCACAACAACCACAAGUUGGUGUUUGUCCAUGUAUUCAAGACGGCUGGAAUGACCAUGAGGGAAUUAUUGCUACGAUAUGCCGUCGCGUGCCACAAAGGAAUUGGAAUCGUCUCGGAAUGUUCCGGGCUCGACACCUUCAACAAUUCUUCAUCUGUAUCUUCAUCCACCACUACCAGUGCUAGUAUUUGGCACAAUGGAUUUGGCAGCAAACAGGGACAACCAUGUUGGAUGAAAGCAUUGCCUCGCAGCAAUCAUGAUAAUGAUAAUGACAAUAAUACUCCAAUGUCACCACAACAAUCAUCAUCGCCACAACAAAUGGACACCGACACGGUCGCCACGAAAUUGGAUGUCUUGGCAGGACAUGUCCCCUUGGGUGUCGACGAGUGGUUGGUACCAUUGGACAACAACAAUCAUCAUCAUUAUCGUACCACUGUCACCUACCUUGCCUUUUUUCGACACGCCAUCGACAAGUUUGUCUCUGGAAUCAUGUACCAAAAGAAGGAUCAAAAUUACUCCUACCCAGACAUUCUAGAAUUGAUUAAAAAACGAGUCAAGGGAGAACUGCAUCAAAACAAACACAGAGAAGGAUACUCCGCUUACCUCUUGACACCCACACAAAAACAACACUUCUACACAAAGAAGAAGAGUACGGUAGAGGAACGCACACAACAAAUCCUCCGUAAUAUACAAGAAGAACCCAUCCUCGUGGGCAUUGUAGAACGCAUGCCCGAGAGCUUGCAGUUGUUGCAGUUUGUCAUUGACAGUCGCCAAGAACAAACGCCCUUGUUUGAAAAGUUUGGAAUGGUAACUCAAGAAGCUAAAGUACAUAUAGAUGAUAGUAACAACAACAAUCCCAGCCAAAAAAAGAGGAACAAUCCGUCCAAGUACUCCACCUCCAAAGUAGUUCAAGAGCUGAAGAAGGAUGAGGAACUGUGGCCGUUGCUGCAAGAGUAUGUCAAGUACGAUACCCUAAUCUAUGAACGCGCUCUACAACUGCACAAACAACAAUAUGAAGCCAUGAUAGCACUACAGCAGCAACGAACAAUACCCCAGAUCGAUGGAUAG